AUGGAGACUCAGGGGGCCCCAGCCGGCACUGAACCAAGAGUCAAGGAGCCGGGGCUGCCCAGCCAACUGCUGCCUGAGCUGUACGGCUUCGUGGCUCGAGUGUUGCUAUACCUGGCGCCCGUCUACCUGGCCGGCUACCUGGGGCUGAGCCUCACCUGGCUGAUCCUCGGAGCCUUCCUGUGGAUGUGGUGGCGCAAGAACCGCCGCUGGAAGCACUCGCGCCUCGCCGCAGCCUUCGAGUUCUUGGACAAUGAACGUCAAUUCAUCGGCAAGGAGCUCCGUGACCAACAUCUGCCUGCUUGGAUCCACUUCCCAGAUGUGGAACGUGUUGAAUGGGUCAACAAGAUCAUAGCACAGACCUGGCCCUACAUUGGCAUGAUUAUGGAGAAGAAACUUCGAGAAAAACUAGAGCCAAAGAUCAGAGAAAAGAGUGUCCAUCUGAAAACUUUCACCUUUACCAAGCUGAACUUUGGACAAAAGUGCCCCAAGGUCAAUGGUGUCAAGGCUCACACUAACCAAUGCAACCGAAGGCGGAUCAUCCUAGACCUGCAGAUAUGCUAUAUAGGAGACUGUGAGAUCAGUGUGGAAAUACAAAAAAUGCCUGCUGGGGUGAAUGGUAUUCAGUUGCAGGGCACUCUUCGUGUGAUCCUGGAGCCUCUCCUUGUUGAUAAGCCAUUUGUAGGAGCUGUGACUGUAUUUUUUCUUCAAAAGCCUCACCUGCAGAUAAACUGGACCGGCCUGAUGAACCUCCUGGAUGCUCCAGGUAUCAAUGAUGUGUCAGACAGCCUGUUUGAAGAUCUCAUCGCUGCACACCUUGUACUGCCAAACAGAGUGACUGUCCCUGUGAAGAAAGGGCUGAAUAUAACCAACCUUCGGUUCCCGCUACCCUGCGGAGUGAUCAGAGUUCACUUGUUGGAGGCUGAGAAACUAGAGCGAAAGGAUGGAUUUCUGGGGUUGAAAGGCAAGUCAGAUCCAUACGCCGUGGUAACUAUUGGCCUCCAACAUUUCCGGAGCAAGACUGUAUGCAGGAACUUGAAUCCUACCUGGAAUGAAGUUUUUGAGUUUAUAGUUUAUGAAGUCCCUGGGCAAGACCUGGAGGUGGAUUUGUAUGAUGAAGAUACAGACAAAGAUGACUUUCUGGGCAGCCUCCAGAUCAACCUUGGAGAUGUCAUGAAGAACAGUUUUGUGGAUGAGUGGUUUGUCUUGAAUAAUACCACAAGUGGCCGGCUGCACUUGAAGCUUGAGUGGCUUUCUUUGACCACCUACCAGGAAGUUCUAGCUGAGGACCCCAGUGGACUCUCAACUGCCAUCCUUAUUGUCUUCCUAGAAAGUGCCUGCAAUUUACCAAGAAGUCCUUUUGAGUAUUUGAAUGGUGAAUACAGAGCCAAGAAACUGCCCAGAAGUGCCAGGAACAAGAUGGACAAAGACCCCUCUGCCUACGUCAAGAUGCGUGUGGGUCAGACAAUUCAGACAAGUAAGACAUGUGCCAACAGCAAGGAUCCUGUUUGGGGCCAGGCCUUCACAUUCUUUCUUUACAGUGUGGCCACAGAACAAUUUCGUCUGAAGGUGAUUGACGAUGACCAAGAGUGUGCACUGGGCAUCCUGGAGCUUCCCUUGGUCCAGAUCCUCACCUACUCAGACAUGACCAUCGAGCAACGAUUUCAGCUAGACUGCUCUGGCCUGGAUAGCCUCAUCUCCAUGAAGCUGGUACUUCGGUUUCUGCAUAUGGAGGAUCGGGAACCAGGCACCCCGUACACCGGCCCAGAAGUCCUGAAGAAAGGACCCAUGUUUGUUAAGAGAACAGAAAUCAAGCAGGAGGUGAAAACCCCAACCCAGGAACAUGAUUCCACACUUCCACUUCAGUCCCAAACUUCUGGAACUUCUGAUGCCCAGCCAACCGACAAAACUACCUCAGUGAAGCUCAUUCCUCUGGAGAAGGGACCGGAGCCCAAAGCCCAGGGCAGUGACAGCAGUCCCCAAGAACAAGUGGAGAAUAAAAGCAAGAGGACCAUGUUCUUGACUGUCCCUGGCUCCCAUUCCCCAGGACCGAUCAAGUCACCCAGACCUAUGAAAUCCCAUGCCACUCCGUUCUCUUGGCCACAUAAAAAGAUGUCGCCCAGCUUGUCUUCCCUCAGCUCCGUGGCCUCCUCGUGCUUUGACAUGACAGAAAACAGCCUAGCCUUUGAAACUGAUGGAAGCUGCCGGCCACUGGGAGAGAUUCAGCUGACUGUUCGCUACAUGACCCUGCGACAUAGCCUUGUGGUUUUCAUUAAUUGCUGCAGGAAUCUGAUACCCUGUUGUAGCAGUGGAGUUGAUCCUUAUGUCCGAGUGUAUCUGUUGCCCGACAGGAAGUGGACAGGUCGAAAGAAGACCUCAAUAAAGCGGAAAACCCUAAAUCCCCAGUAUGAUGAAAAAUUUGAAUUUUGUGUCCCUGUGGAAGAAGUGAAGAAAAGAAGCCUGGAUGUUGCAGUCAAAAAUCGUAGGCCAUUUGGUUCACACAGAAGAAAAGAAUUGGGCAAAGUGUUGAUUGACUUAUCAAAGGAAGAUCUAGUCAAGGGUUUUACACAAUGGUAUGAAUUGACAGCAAAUGGACAGCCACGAAGUUGAUUUAAAAAAUGUUAUGAUUACUACUUACGAAAG